AUGGACACAGACGAAGAGAUGAUCGCUGUCUCUCCCAUCUGCAAAUCGACCGCAAUGAUGAACUGUCCCAAGAAUGACGAGCGCUUGGAUAAUACAACAUUUCCAGGCAUUCUCGACAAGCCUCCCAGUGUCGCACGCCCAAGUCGUCCCGUCUUGCAACAUCAGCACAGCUACGCCGGACACGAAGAAAACAUGACCGAACGAACCGAAACCUACAGCAACGGCAACGGCAACGGCAACGACUCUAUGGCUACUAGAGCCCCUAGUGGUCGUCACUUCUUGGAUGGACGGCAACUAUCCUUACCAGACCUCUCCCGUGGCCUCGAAGAGUCUUUCCAUGGAAUGUCUUCCCCGUCCUCGUCGUCUUUUAUGAACAGCCCGACGUCUCAGAAUUGGAUCCAUCAUCCUUCGAUUCGCAAUCAUCAUCAGCAGCAUCGACAGCAACAGAAUCGUUCUUUUCGAAUCCUAAACGAUUUGGAAGGCGACGAUGCUCCGCGACAAUCCCCCGUAGCUUCCUCUUCCAACGAUUCACAAGACGACCAGGAUGAUGAAACUGUGGACGUUGAAGAAACUGCCGAGGAACGGGCGCAACGAGAAGAAGAAGAAUCCAUUGCAUUGGCACAAAUGCUCAUGGCAGAAGAAGCCAUGGCCUCGCAUCGCGCGAGCGCCGACUUUCUCCGCAUGAAUUCGGAUCACUUCUCACCAGAAGAUUUUGAGGCGUUGCAGAAUGCCUUGCAGGAAGAGGAACAAGCUGAUUACGAAGAGGAGGUUGAUGAAGAAGCUGAAGAGUCGCAAGAAAUGUCAUACGAAGCUCUACUUCGUCUUGGGGAACGUCUUGGAGAUGUCAAAACGGAUCGUUGGACCAUGAUUGCCGACAAGGAGAUUGAAAAACUCAAGACAUUCCAAUACGAUCCAGAAAAACUCAACAAUACAAACGGUACCAGCGGCGUGGACCAGGAAGGUCGAACUAAGGAUAUCGAUGAUUCGGAAAUCAAGUGCCUCGUCUGUCAGUUCCCCUAUGAAAAGGGAGACGACCUGCGACGAUUGCCUUGUGGGCAUUGCUUCCACAAGGAUUGCGUCGAUCAAUGGCUCAAGACGAAGGAUGUUUGCGCUUACUGCCGUCAGAGCAUUCGUCCUGAGGAGAACGAUAAUUGA